AUUCGCUUCGAACGUGCGCUACUGCAACGAAUGCCUCAUAUCGCGGCAAUAUAAUUCAAUGGAUACAUCGUGUGUGUGCAUUUGACGUCUUUUCAUUCAUAUUGACGUAGUGAUUUAAUUUUUUUCUGUUCGAAAUUGAGCAAGUUUUGAUCAAAGUGAAUAAAUACGAUUUACUUCCGUAUGUACAUUGUUUUUUUUCUUCUUCUUGCAUAUACACCGCAGUGAUUCAACCAAAUGGGAUAAUUUUAUUGUGACUUAAAUGAAAAAUAAUAUUUGGAACCGAACAGUGACAUUACAAUUAACAUAUUAAAAAUAUUUUGGAAAAUAUAAUUGGUUGAGAUAGGUGGUGAUUGAACAGCAAUGAUUUAAAGUGAAAUCAUAGUGAAAUCCAUAUGACAUUUAAGUGAAUUUCUCAACCGAAACUUAGUGAAAUAGUGCUUAUUUUGGAUAUUCUGAUCAAAUUGAAAUUGGUAUUUAACUUCUUGUAGUUCUAGCACGGGUUCUGACUGAGUGGUGGAACAAUUGUGUCUGUUUAAGUGACCAAGUGACAUUAACACUAUCAAAAACCACAUUAUUUGUUUACCCAAUUGGAACGAGAAUUUGACAAGAGUCACCCCGAUAACAUAUAUAUAUAUAUACUUUUGAAUUUUGUGUAGUGAAAUUGUGUUGUUUGAAACAAAAAAAAUGUUGUGUGCAACAAAUGCAUCACCGCCACCAAGUCCGGCCGGCUCUGAAAUUUCGGUGGGAGCACCAAGUCCACCGCCAAAAUCACAACAACCAUUAGAAAAUGAUCGUCGACGAAACGGUGACGAUUAUUUUCAACCAUUGAAACGUCUCAAAGGGAUUAUGAAUUCACGUGAACGAUCCAUCUCACCACCGGCUCAACGAUCAACGAUUGAAGGUGUUAAAAGUUUUUCCAUUGCCGAUAUUCUCGGUCACGAAUCAAAAACAAAUAACAACAACAACAACAACUCGACAACGGCAUCAAAUCAACAUCAAACUACGGAAACACGAAGUAAAAUUGUUCGACCAUGGGAUCAAUUCCGUGGAUCAGUGCAUGCAGUUCGUCCAUUUCUUCCUCCAGCCUUACUACACUACGAACAUCGGCUGGCGCUCGAUUAUCAUCGACAUUUGGAACAUUUAAAUGCACAGGCACAAUUGUUGCGACACAUGAACAUAAACAUGAGCAUGGAUUUAAAAUCCGAAUCGGGAUCGGAGCGUAGCAGUUCAGCGGCAAGCGAUUGCUGUUCACCAGAAAUUGGUAGCGGCAGCCGUUUAUCCGAUCAUCAUAUGCAUCAUUCAGGUUCACAACAAUCGCAACAAUCAUCACAAUCACAUCACAGUCAAAAAAUGACGAAACCAAGUGACACUCCAUUGGACGCCCUAUUCCAAAUGACCAACAAAAAUUUCGACGAAAAUCAAGAUCAAUCUCAUAUCAAUUUAUUUUCAUCGAGACCACAGCCAAAGAAAAAGCGGAAAUCCCGUACAGCAUUUACCAACAAUCAAAUAUUCGAAUUGGAAAAACGUUUUAUCUACCAGAAAUACCUGUCACCAGCUGAUCGAGAUGAAAUCGCCGCUUCGCUAGGAUUAUCAAAUGCCCAAGUGAUAACAUGGUUCCAGAAUCGAAGAGCUAAAUUGAAGCGCGAUAUGGAAGAACUGAAAAAGGAUGUUGAAAGUGCAAAAGUAUUGACGGCCCACAAAACAUUUCUAGAGAAUGUCAACGAUUUGGGCAUUCUAAAAAAGAAAACCAUCCAUGAAUCAACGGCAUUACUCAUGCAACCCGGCAGUCCUGAGUGAAAAACGACUUAAAAACAUCCGAAGCAAUAAACACAAUAGUUCCUAGUACAGAUGAUAUUCAUCGUUACGGGAGAGACAGAGGCGGAAGGAUCCGAAAAAGAGAGAGAACAACACAUUUGCAGUUAUGCUAACUUCUCACAAAACAUGCUGUAUAACUUGAUAAGACCAACAAAAAAAUGAUAAUUCUUCCGUUUAUUUGCCACAAUUUUAAACAUGAUUUGAAAACAAAAUAAAAAUAAUGGCGCAUCAUACAAAGACGCCAAACAAUAUUUGGCACUACUUAUUACCGUUUAUUUAAAGAAACUGAAACUCUCAGUGCGAGAGAAAAAAAACACAAAAUUUUCAAAGGAUUUUUUUUUUUCAUGAAAACGCCAACAAAAAGUAAUGUCGACUAAAUUAAAACUGAGUGUGUGUGUGUGUGUUAUUAUUUGUGUAUUAAUUUUGCUGUAGGUUGUUAAAAUGACCGAUCUCAAAUAGAAUGGAAACGGUGUGUACAUGUUGAAAGU